AUGGGUGCGGCAGACCGUGCCAAAAACCGUGAGCCUCCCCCUGAGGUCAAAUCACUCAUCGACAUAUUUCCGGGUGUCUCCGCCGCCCUUCUUAUCCGCGUCUUCGAGGGGAAGUUGAAGGCGACUGAACUUAUACGCUUCAAAGAGAAGUCAGUCACCGAGCUAGAUCAGGAGGAUAGAGUCUUCAAAAUGACCAAAUCGGGAGGCACAGUGGGCUUCAAGAAGGCAGCAGCGUCGCUUAAGGACUGGGGCCCUAACCCUCAGAUAUGGACGACUUGCUUUCUUGCCUAUCUGGCCGUUGUAGGGUACCUCUUCGGCGAGAAACAUCCUAAGGCAAUUCCCAACCUCCUCAUAUUUAUGAGGCAGAUCCUGGACUUCGCUCAGACUUAUCAGUGGUCGGAAGCAGUUCUCCCACUUGCCCUUAAUUUCCACCAAUACAUACUGGAUAAAGGAGAGCUAUCGACGGAUAACUACCUGGUCACAGGCCCAUUUCGCGAGAAAUACCUCCGCCACAAUCUCACCCUACCUACGAAGUCACUAACAAAUCCUCCAGCCCGGCCUCGUCAAGCCAGGAAUACCAGGUCUUCGAAUAAUGAGACAGAGGUUUGCGAUAAGUUCAAUACGAUAGGGUGCUCCUAG